UCGCUGGACGACCGUGCGUCGCAGCGAAUGGCUAGGGACCUGAUUGGACCGGCACUGCCGCCAGGUUUCAAGGAGCACGCGACAGCUGAGGACGAGGAGCGGGACCAGAGCCCGGUUGCAGGGCCCGCUUUGCCCCCUAAUUACAGAAGCAGCAGUUCAGACUCCUCAGACAGUGAUGAGGACAGCAGUUCUUUGUCUGAAGAAGGAAAUCAAGAGUCUGAAGACGAUGACACUGGUCCAACUGCCAGAAAACAGAGGCGAAAUCAAGAUAGAGAAGACGACGACGACGAUGAUGGGUUUUUUGGACCAGCCCUUCCUCCUGGAUUUAAGAAGCAGGACGAUUCUCCUCCAAGGCCUAUGAUCGGCCCUGCAUUGCCACCUGGUUUCAUUAAGUCUUCACAGAGAAGUGACAAACGCAGAGAGGAUCCAGGGCAAGUGUCACCAUUCUUCAACUCAGAGGAAGCAGAGAGCAGUGACGAUGAGGAUAUUGUUGGACCAAUGCCCGCAAAAGGACCUGUUGACUAUAGUGUAACAACAGAAUUUGAAAAAAGGGCCCAGAGAAUGAAGGAAAAAUUAACCAAAGGAGAUGAUAAUUCAUCUAAACCAAUCACAAGAGAGUCAUGGAUGACUGAGCUUCCUCCAGAAAUGAAAGACUUUGGUCUUGGACCAAGAACCUUUAAGAGAAGAGCUGAUGAUAAAUCCGGAGACCGAUCCGUCUGGACAGACACCCCAGCUGACAGGGAAAGGAAAGCUAAGGAAAUACAAGAAGCGAGGAAGUCACUCAUUAAGAAAGAUGAAGAAAACAUAUUGUCAGGAAGGGAUAAGAGACUUGCUGAGCAAGUGUCCUCAUACAACGAAUCAAGAAGAUCAGAAUCCCUCAUGGACAUUCAUCAUAAAAAGUUAAAGAAUAAGGCUGCCGAAGAUAAAAACAAGCACCAAGAGAGGAUACCAUUUGACCGUGACAAAGAUCUCAAGGUUAAUCGCUUUGAUGAGGCUCAGAAAAAAGCCCUAAUAAAGAAGUCCCGAGAACUAAACACCCGGUUUUCACACGGCAAAGGCAACAUGUUUUUGUGAGUGAGUGUACUUCCAGGAGGUACACUCGUGCUGAACAGUCGGAACCCCUCAGAACAUCCCUUUGUCUAUAGUAAUUAUGUGCACCAAUACUUUUCCCUUUUGUAAUAAAGUAGAUUCAGAGUCUACAUUUUUAUAAAUUGUAACAUUUGAAAAGUUGGGGGUAAAAUGCAGUGAACUGGGAAAAAUAACUUUUGUCUUCACAAUAGCCUAACAGGAAGGACAUUGCUAUUAGAAACGCUGAGGGUUCCAUUGGAGAGAAAUGGUACUUCACAGAGUGUGACAUGCAGCUUGAGGGGCCGUGCGUCCCCUUAGAUGCCGGGGUAUGUGUAUGAGUGAAUGUGCGUGUGUCCCUGCAUGCAUGUGUGUUCACUUAAUUGUUUGGUUUUUUUUGAGACAGGGUCUCACUGUGUAGUCUUGUCUGGCCUGGAACUCACUGUGUAUCAUAGCAGACUGACCUCAAACUCACAGAGAUCCAUCUGCCUCUGCCUCCCAAGCACUGGGAUUAAAGUCGAGCGCCACCAGGCUUGAAAAGAGUUAUUGCUUCAGAAAGCCUCUCUAAGUUUUUACAACUCAUGCACCAUUUAUUCCUGGUCCCAUCUGAUGAGCAUUUGUGGUGUCGGUUAAGGAGCUGCGUAAGCACUGAGGAUGCUUCUGAAGUUCCUUGUGAUCUGUAGCAGUAUGAAAUGGACUUGAUAUUCCGGUGUGAUUUUAAGGCAAUAUGAACUUUAAAGUGUUCUCCAGCUUACUGAACUGUUAACCUCAGUGGGAUUUCUCUAUUUGUUAGAGGAUGAUCUUUAAAAAUAUACAAAUUUAUCCUGUUCUGUGAAUCUUUUAAACUAAUAUGGGAACAGACAAUCAGUGUUUGUUAUAUGGAAUAGAAUAUUUUGGGUGUUCCUGGCUUUUCUUCAUAUAAUUAUUUUAAGAAUCCAUCCUCACAACCCUCCAGUCCCCAGUGUUUUUUGGUGUUUUAUAAUUUUCUUCUUGGUUCUGGGUAGGACUGUACACUGAAUCUCUACCACAGCCUGAACCUAUUUCCUCAAAUAUAUUUAACCUGCCCCAAAGUCAGUUUGUACAAUCCUUGCAAAUCCAUGAAUUUUACAUUGUGUGGUUUAUCUCCCAAAUGUCACCUAGUGAAAGCACAUGUGACUAAAAAUAUAGACCAUGGAGUUUUGUUUGA